AUGCGAGCUGCAACUGGUGUCCUAAUACGUCUGCAGAUACAGCUACAGCUAAAGCUACUACUACUACUACUACUACUACUACCACUAAUUUUCCCCACUUUCAAACCUGUUUGCGCCAAAUGGCUCUUUAACCAACACAAAAUAUGCGAUCCAAACCCAAACUCACUUAUCCCGUUCACCGGUUUCAAAAUCAUCCGUCAGUACAAGAUUUCCGGCUACACGAGACCCGUAUCGAUGCAUUUCAUCACGAUAUCGCAUUGCAACCACGGCAAGGUCGACUACCAGAAAGUCAUCCGCACCGAUUCAAGCGGAUACGUGGACUGGGAGAAGCCGUUUUGCAUGUUGAAGCCCAAGUUGGGCGAGAAGAUCUUGACUGCGAAGCCUGCGUCUACGGAGAUGGCUGUGGGUGGCGGGCGAAAGCAAGGAGUAGUCGACGACGCUGCGGGGAUGUUUGACGCGUCAAAUUCCUCCACUAGGAAAAAAAAUUACAAAGAUGUGGUUGGAAGUAGUGACGACGACGACGACGACGACGACGACGACGAUGAUGAUGCCAAUGACGGCAUGGAGAUAUUUGGCGUGUUUGGGUUCAUUAUGACCAGAUCGAAAAAGGUCAACAAUUUGCUACGGAGAAAGUUCGACUUGAUGUUGGAGAAGUUGACCAAUGGCAACUGGUUGGAGUACACGGGCAAGAACAAAUACAACCAUUACCAGCAGUUGUUGAGCGGUGGCAACCCGCAGGAGUCGUUGAACUGGGAAAGCAACAACUUGGUGUGCUACAAGAUGGCUCGCAGAAAGAAAUAUGCGAGACGAAAGAUUUCCUUCUACAUGCCACAUACGUUUGUUGGGGCAUUAUACGAGUGUCUCUUGCCCUUGGAGAAGAAACACGAGAUAAUCCAGCAGUUUAUCCACAACACCGACGACUGCUCCAGCUUUAUGAUUCAGGAUUUCCAGUUCAGUUGCGAUUCCCACUUGUCGAGACCCAUCUCGCCCUUGAUUGCAGAAGACUCGACGCGACAGUGGUUUGAGAACAAGCUCUUUAACUUUUUCAAUCCGGGAAUCGUGCAAACGAUUCCGUACUUGACAACAUCCUCGCCGUUGAAUUUGAGGUUUAGCACCUCGGAAACAAGCGAGAUGCAUCGUGAUUCCUGGGCCACGAAAAUCGACGUCAACGAGCGGUACGCAUACGAUGAAGCAGACCUCCAUUUCAUUAGCAAGGCCGUGGCGUAUCUGGCCAAUAUCUUGAACAAGUUGAUAGCGCCAAUCGACUUUAACGCGUUGUUGAAAUGUUACAACAAGGCUGACGAAAGGGAGAAUGAGGAACCGGCGGACGAGAAAUGCACCGCUGACGCCGAGGCUGACGCUGAUGCUGAUGCUGAUGCUGAAAAAUUGCAAGAAUUUAGCGCAAACGAGGUUUUCACAACGGAUCAAAAGAUUAGUUUCUGGUUGGCUUCAUGCGAAUUCGGCAUUGCUCAAAAGGUGUUGAAAUUGAUAGAAGCCCAAUGGGACAAGGUUGACAAAAAUGACGACAAUGUAGCUUAG